GAUAUCCGUACUCCCCUCUCACCCUCUGCAGCCGUUCACGCCAAUUGAGCAAUGCCUCCAGCCUCGUCGGCCGGUGAGCACUUCGCGGAGGUGGUGGUGGUGCGGCAUGGAGAGACGUCGUGGAACGCCUCCCGUACCAUUCAGGGACAGAUGGACCCGGAGCUAAAUGACACUGGUAGACAGCAAGCUGCCAUGGUUGCCCGUCGGCUGUCCAAAGAAGCCAAGCCAGCUGCUGUGUACUCCUCUGAUUUGAAGCGUGCUGCCGAGACAGCGCAAACUAUCGCAACAGCUUGCGAUGUAUGCAAUCUGGUUUUUGAUCAGGCACUGAGAGAAAGGCACAUGGGAGAUCUCCAGGGUUUGCAGUAUGGUGAUGCCGUCAGAAGCAAACCUGAAUCUUACAAGGCUUUGUCAUCUGAUGAGAGAAACCAAGAAAUCCCUGGUGGUGGGGAGAGUCUUGAUCAACUAUCUGAGCGGUGUGUUUCCUACUUGAACACAAUAGCUGAGAAGCACAAGGGUAAGCGGUAGUUCUCAUACCGAGGUUUCUUUCUUUCUUUUUUCUUUUUUGCUGAGAAAAGAUAGUGAGGCUACUCUUUUGUUUUUCUUUAUGGUUUCAAACACAGAAAAAAAUAUAUACCGAGUGUGAUUUACUAAAUUUUUCAUAGUCCAUUAAGUGCGUGUUAUCAGUAUUCAGCACAAUACAGCUGACAGAAUUUAGAAAAACAACUGCAUGG